AUGAAUGAGGAGGCAUGGCAAGGCAGGCAGGCAGGCAGCCAGCAGGAGGCCACACAGUGCGCGGCCAGCUACCAGGACCUGUUGGGCAGCCAUCAUCAACUGCUCAUAGCCGCCACAGCAGCAGCCACCGUCGCCGCUGCCGCAGUCGAGUCGCCGCAACUGCCGCAAUUGACGACGACGCCACCCAUAGCCACCAACACCACACCCAUAACACCCAACAACAACAACAACAACCAGAACCACAACAACAACAACACAAACACAGCAAUAACAAAAGGAAACAACAACCAGCAGGCGGUGUUCGAAAAAGCCAUCACCAUUUCGUCGAUUGCGAUUAAACGCAGGCCGACGCUGCCGCAGACGCCAGCAAGUGCCCCACAGGUGUUGUCGCCGUCGCCGAAACGCCAGUGUGCCGCCGCCGUCUCAGUGCUGCCCGUCACCGUACCGGUGCCAGUGCCCGUGCAACCCCUGCAGCCCGUGCAAGUCCCAGUGCCAGCUAGCGCCCUCAAAGGACACCAUCAUCAUCUGGGAAAUCAUAUUGGAAGCCAUCUUGGAAGUCAGCUGCAACAGCAUCCCCAUCAUCCGCAUCAUCAGCUGAGCUUUGCCCAUCCCACACAGUUUGCGGCCGCCGUUGCCGCCCACCAUCAGCAGCAGCAACAGCAGCAGCAACAACAGCAACAGCAACAGCAGCAGGUGCAACAGCAACAGGUUGCAUACGCAGUAGCGGCAGCACAGCAGCCACAACUGCAACACCAGCAGCAGCAAGUGCAACAACAACAACAGCAACAGCAGCAGCAGCAGCGUCUGGCACAGUUCAAUCAAGCGGCAGCCGCUGCCUUGCUCAAUCAGCACUUGCAACAUUCGGCGGCAGUCCACCAGCAGCAGGUUGUGCAACAACAACAGCAACAGGCAGCAGCAGCAGCAGUAGCAGCACAACAGAUCCAGCAACAACAGUCUCUGGCGCACUACGGCGGUUAUCAGCUGCACAGGCACUCGCCGUACGUGCAACAACAGCAGCAGCAGCAGCAGCAACAGCAGCACAUUCUGCUGAGUGCCAGCAGCAGCAAGCAUAGCGCCAGCAACAACAGCAACAACAGCCAACAGCAGCCCGCACCAGCAGCCGUUGCAGUUGCAGCAGCCACACCAGCAACAGCCACCGUUGCCGCUGUACCCACGAGCGGCGGCAGCAGCAGCUUGCCGGACAGCCCCGCCCACGAAUCGCAUUCGCACGAAUCGAACUCUGCAUCGGCCUCUGCGCCAACGACACCCUCACCGGCAGGUAGUGCCACAACAACAGCCACAACAGUUGCAGCAGGAGGCAUCAGCGAUAGCAACAACAACCUGAGCAACAACGCAACCGCCGCCGCCAUAAUGGAAAAUCAAAUGGCACUCGCCCCGUUGGGACUCUCGCAGAGCAUGGACUCCGUGAACACGGCCAGCAAUGAGGAAGAGGUUCGCACACUUUUUGUCAGCGGUUUGCCCAUGGAUGCCAAGCCGCGUGAACUUUAUUUACUAUUCAGAGCCUACGAGGGCUACGAAGGAUCUCUUUUGAAAGUAACUAGCAAAAAUGGCAAAACUGCAUCGCCCGUGGGCUUUGUGACAUUCCAUACAAGAGCUGGAGCCGAGGCAGCCAAGCAGGAUCUGCAGCAGGGUGUACGCUUCGAUCCCGAUAUGCCCCAAACAAUUCGCUUGGAAUUCGCCAAGAGUAACACGAAAGUGAGCAAACCCAAACCACAGCCCAAUACAGCGACAACAGCCUCACAUCCUGCAUUGAUGCACCCACUCACUGGACAUCUGGGUGGGCCGUUCUUUCCGGGCGGACCGGAGUUAUGGCAUCAUCCGUUAGCAUAUUCGGCAGCAGCCGCCGCUGAUUUACCAGGCGCUGCAGCACUGCAGCAUGCAACAUUAGUACAUCCGGCCCUGCAUCCGCAGGUGCCAGUGCGCUCCUAUCUCUGACUAAAUACAGACAAAGUAAUGGAGCAGCCUAUGCAUCAAACUCAAAUGACCAUGCCGCAACAUCAUCAGACCACUGCUACUGCUAUACAUCCUGGUGCAGCUGCAAUGGCACAUAUGGCCGCUGCUGCGGCAGCUGCCACACCACAAAAUGCUGCUGCUGCGGCAGCAACUGCCGCCGCUGCUGCUGCUGCACAACAUCAUCAUUUUUUAUCGAGUCCAGCGUUGGCAAGUCCCGCCGGAUCCACGAAUAAUGCCACACAUCCGGCUAAUCCACAGAUUGCGGCCAAUGCACCCUGCUCCACGCUGUUUGUGGCUAAUCUCGGCCAAUUUGUCUCCGAGCAUGAACUCAAGGAGGUUUUCUCUAGUAUGCCUGGCUUUUGUCGCCUACGAAUGCACACAAAAGUCAUGGCCACAACAGCAGCAACUGGCUCAAGCUGCUCCAUCAAUAACAACAACAACAACAACAACAAUAGCAGCAUUCAACAACAACAACAUCCAGUGGCGUUUAUUGAGUUCAAGGAUGCGCCAAGCGCCGCCCAGGCCAUGCAACAGCUGCAGGGCAAGUAUCUACUUAGCUCCGAUCGUGGAUCCAUACGGAUCGAAUAUGCAAAGAAUAAAAUGUCCAACGAUAUAACCACAAUUGUUGGUAAACAAGCUCAACAACAGCAACAGCAACAACAACAGCAAGCAGCACAGCAAGCCAUAGCACCGCCACCACCACCACCGAUAUAUAUAUUGAAUGGUAGUGAACAGCUACAACUACAGCAGCACUUGCAACAUCAACAGCAACAGCAGCAGCAGCACCUGCAACAACAGCUACUACAGCAACAUCAGCAACAACAGCAACAUCAGCAACAACAGCAACAACAACUGUCAAUGGCAACAGAUUGCACCAUGAACACCAACGGCACCAAUGAUAGCACCACUAGCGUUGUUGUUAACUCACUACAGCACCACAACCAACUUCAUCAUCCUUCAAAUCAGCACCACCAAAAUCAUCUCUUUAGAGACCAGCAACAGCAGCAGCAUUCAGCAGCAGAAACAAAGGAGCGGGUAUGGAAUCACGGCAUGAUUUGCUCGCUAAAAAACUAGAGAGAGAAAUGCAACAACAACAACAGCAGCAGCAGCAGCAACAGCAACAGACGCAAGUGCAUCAUCAGACACAGCAGCAGCAG